AUGUCGACGUUCCGGUUGAGGCCCGAUCCGUUAGAUGGAAGUAAUACGCAGAACGUCCUAAUCUCGCUCUUCAAGGAGGUCAAGAACGCGGCACACCUACUCGAAAUCGCCAAAAGUGGACAAAUGUUUGCAGCAGCCAUACGCGCUUCGAUGAUUCCCGAUCAAUUCGUCCUUCUGACAGCUAUCAAUCAGGCUCUGUACAACGAGAAGCACCAAUGUAUGAAGACAAAGACGUUAUAUGCGGAAACACUGUAUUGCCUUGCGCCCACGAAAAGUAUCUCCCAUUGCCUGCAGACGUUCGGGUUGCAAGAAUCGACCAGCGCCGUUGUAUUCGUCUUUUUUGGGGAGGAAGGUUCGGCAGCUCAUAAGGAGAUCUCGUCACAAGUAGAUGGUGAAGAAGUGCCCCUGGAACAAUUGGACGAGCACUUUGACCUACAGGCCGUGCAAACCGUCUACGAUUUAAAAAAUCUGAAAAAGCCAAAUCUAGUUGAAACAGUGCUGACAAAGAUGCAUACGAAGGACUUUCUUCGAUCUUGUUGU